AUGUCCGGAAUGCAUCGCCCUCGUGUCCAUGACGAAUCUAAAGACGACUCAAAGCCUCCAGAUGGCAUCCAAGAGACAGUAGCACGACCGACCGACCCAAAUCGUCCCUAUUCGAAACAAAACCGAAUCCGGCAGAACAUAGAAGAAUAUGAACAGCUCUUCGGCGUUGAAGAGGAGGCAUAUAGCCAACCAACUACAACGAAAAAAGAGCUGUGGUCUUAUUAUCUGUACUAUAAUGGCGAUAACGGUGUGGGUCCGGGAUCCUACACUCAAGCUCUGUUUCAAUGGGCACUGAACGGAGCCGGAUUCCAGCCUGGGACCAAUCCACCUAAACCUUGCACGAGUUCUUCUCCGUGCGUCGUUCCGUGGGCCGGUAGCACGCGGUCAACUGCUUCUGUUGUCUUAAUAGCAAAUGGCCUGUGUUUCACAUUCAUGACUGUGAUGUUCGUAUGGUUGGGAAGUGCGGCAGACUACGGAUCAUUUGGUCGCUGGCUACUGCUGGCUCUAACAGUCGUCUGUUGGGCCCUGCAGUACGGUAUGAUGGCGAUAAGGCAUCCGAGUCAGUGGCCAGCAGCCAUGGGUAUGUAUAUCGUUGCGUAUGUCGCUUACGGAGCCACCUUGGUUUUCUAUGCGGCUGUAUUUCCAAGGCUUGCUCGUUAUAUACCUCACGUACGUAAGGCUCGCGAGGAAGAUCUCAAGGAUGGCAAAAUAAGCCAGCAGGAUGACAAUAGUAAUGUUUCAACCGCACACAGUAACAUCGGCUACUUGCUGACGCUCGUCAUCAAUUUGAGCGUCCUUUUGCCACUACAGAACAACACAUAUUCAAAUAACUUGGCCCUUUGCCUUACGAAUUCUUACUGGAUUGUCCUUGGGAUAUGGUGGUUUAUUUUCCAGCAGAAACGAGCUGGUCCCAAGAUACCGAAGGGCUCUAACUAUGCUACCAUCGGCUUCAAGCAAGUGUGGCUAGCAUUGCGUGAGACUCGGUCCCUACCGCAGACCUUUCUCUAUCUGGUUGCUUUCUUCCUACUUGCCGAUGGACUGAAUACAACAGGGUCGCUCGUCACUAUAAUUCAAAAUGGGAUCGUCGAAUUCAGCUUCCUACAAAUCACGUAUCUAGGAAUCGCACAGGCUUGCUGCUCUAUAGCAUCGACUUUCGGCUUCUGGUACAUUCAGAAAUAUUUCAAAUUACGAACGAAGCCCAUGUUCUUGGUUACAAACUUCUUCAGCGUAUUCAUCCCAUUCUGGGGCAUGCUAGGACUCUGGACGAAGAAGAUCGGAUAUCAUAAUAAGUGGGAGUUUUAUUUCUACAACAUCAUCUUUGGCCUAUUUCAGGCGCCUUAUUAUGCGUACUCACAAACUAUGAUAAGUGAACUAAUGCCUCGCGGCUACGAUAAUAUGUUUUUUGCUCUCUUCGGUAUCACCAAUCGUGCGUCCUCAAUAAUCGGUCCGAAUGUGGUGCAGGCAAUCAUAAAUGACACUGAAAAUAACUGGAUGGGUUUCCCAUUCCUAUUUGCUAUCUGUGCUGCGGCUAUGGUCGGCAUCAUUUUCGUGGAUAUAGAGAAGGGUCGUGAGGAUGCGAGAAAGUUCGCAGAGAAGCGAAAGAUCAGUCGUGUUGCGGCAGAAAGUGGCUGA